AUAAAAUAAAAUAAAGCAAUAAAAUUCUGUAACAAAAGUAGAUACAUAUAUGUAGUUGGGCUUCUCUCUCUUCUCUCUCUCAUAUCUUUCAGAGAGAUGAAGCUCCUAUAAAAAUUUCUGGCAAUUUAUUGUCAGUUUUUUGUUUCCGGUUAAAUCCGGCUUAUCUUUCUCACCUUUGUGUGAGUUUUUCUUGGCUUUUAUAGCUAUUUUCUUUAUUUUUGUUUUUUUUUUCUUCCUUUUGCAGAGACAAGAGAUCUCUUUCAUGUUAAGGAGAUCUAAGCCGAGUGGUAGUUCAGAGAUUUUGAUCAUCAGAGUGCUCGAUUCAAAUCAAGAGGAGAGUAAAUCCUCAUAUCCCUUUGAUGCCAUAUGCUUGGCAAAGGAUGAAGGUUUCUCCUUAAAGUUUGUAAAUCGUGAUGAGUGGAACACAGUGGCUGGUGAAGAAUAGGUUAGGAGAGCGUGUUUUGCGACUAAUCUAAUAUCUCACUUUCUCACAUCUUCCGGGAAUUAAUAAAUCUGAAGAUUCAAGUUCUCUGAUUUCUUCAUACUCGGAGAAAGCUGCAAAAGACCUUGGUGAAUUUGGAGUCAAAGCUGAAAUAUGAUGGAUCCCCUUUGUUAUUAAGGUGAUUUGUUGUUCGUAAAAAUCAUGAUCUGUUCGUGUUUCAGUUCUGGUCUGAAAGCGGUGAUGAGUCGGUGGAGCGUUCAUCCACACCAUCGUAUGCAUCUACACGUGUGUAGCAUGUGUCCCUUAUUGACCCAUUUUACUUUUUUGAUUAUACUAUCUUAUUGGGUUAAUUGGGUUUAUUAUUAUGUAUGGCUCCUUACACCAUGUAUCCCUUUAUGGGCUUUAAACAUCUAAUGAAAAGAAGAUAAGUUGACGACAAAAAAAAAAAAAAAAAGUAGAUACAUAUUAGAGUCCGGUUAUCUACGGUUUAAGAAUGGUUAAGAAGCAAUUGCGGUCACCUGUUUCGGUUUCUUAUUGUGGCGUGGCCGCGUGGGUUGGUAAAACCGACAAAAUACGGAUGAGAGCACAUAUCUUAAACCGAACAUAACCGGGCUUGUAAAAUUUUAUUUGCGAUUUGUGGCGAUUCCGUUUAGAUCGCAUAAACGUUGUGCACGACAAAAGUUUCUAUCUUUCUCUUCAUCUCCCAGCCAACUAAUAAUAAUCCCGACAAAGAUCUCUCCUUUUUCCCUUCUGGUGUCUUGGUCGCUCUCUGGAGGCUCUCAGCAUCUUCGUUUCGUUGGGAGGAUGCGUUAGAAGAGAGUCUCCUUGAACUCGAAUCGCCAAGACUCUAUUGACUGGCCAUGGCUGCUGAUACAACAGCUUCAAGUUACUGGUUGAAUUGGAGGGUUCUCCUCUGUGCAUUAAUCCUCCUAGCCCCACUAGUUUUAGCGGCAAUUCUGAUUUGGAGAUAUGAAGGCAAGAGAAGACAGCGCGAGGGCCAGCGAGCAUUACCUGGGACAUUGUUCCAAGACGAAGCUUGGACCACAUGUUUUAAAAGGAUCCACCCUCUUUGGUUGCUUGCCUUUAGAGUAUUCUCAUUUGUUGCAAUGCUGUCUCUGCUCAUCUCCAAUGUUGUGCGUGAUGGAGGCGGCAUAUUUUACUUCUAUACUCAGUGGACAUUUGCUCUUGUUACACUCUACUUUGGGUAUGCUUCCUUGUUAUCUAUAUAUGGAUGCUGCGUCUACAAUAAAAAAGCUGGUGGAAACAAGGAGAGUUAUACAAGUAUAGGUGAUGCAGAACAAGGCACUUAUAGACCACCAAUAACCCUUGAUGGGACGGCAAACACGUCUAAAUCCCCCAAUACACAUUCAGAAGCACCUGUCAGAGAAACAGCUGGGUUUUGGGUUUACAUCUUUCAGAUCCUUUUCCAAACUUGUGCAGGUGCUGUUGUGUUAACAGAUAUCGUGUUUUGGGCGUUACUCUACCCGUUUGCUAAAGGUUAUAGACUGAGUUUUCUUGAUGUUUGUAUGCAUUCUCUCAACGCUGUUUUCCUCCUCGGUGACACAAGCCUCAGUUCCUUGCGGUUCCCACUGUUUCGGAUCUCUUACUUUGUACUUUGGAGCUGCAUUUUCGUGGCUUACCAAUGGAUAAUCCAUGCCUUCAAGAACUUAUGGUGGCCAUACCAAUUUCUUGAUCUGUCUUCACCAUACGCACCCUUAUGGUACUUGGGAGUGGCAGUGAUGCAUAUACCAUGCUUUGCAGUUUUUGCUUUGGUCAUAAAGCUGAAGAAUUACUUGCUACAACGUCACAACUCGUGAAAGUUUUGGUUGCCAUGAAUUCAAUUUUCAUAUUCCAUCUGUUGAGAUUCUUGUUCACUAGAGGAUUAGAUAACACACAUAUGGGGAGACAAAGGUCAUGGUCAAGGUCAAAGUCAAGUUGAAAGUCAAACCCUCUUUGUAGAUAAGAGGCUAGCCAGAAGAAAGAAGAGUGAUCCAAAAUAUCCAACACUCCAAAACGUCUACUGAGGUUUUGUUAAAUCGUGUAAGGCUAUAUACAAGUCUCUUUAAUAUACGUGAUACAAAUUGUUGUAAAGAUUGUACAAACAAUUACGGGGGUAUAUUUUUUUUUCUUCAAAUAUAAAAAAGUGGUUUAAUAUA